CUUAAUUUUUCAAAACAAAAAACAGUGAAAACAACGAAAUUUUAAUUCCAGAACUAUAUUGAAGAAAUCCGAAAAUCAGUUGGUUGUAACGGUUGAUGGAAGUUGGAGGAGGGCGAAAUGAUGCUCUCGAUUUCCUUUUCACCGUAAUGAUGCUCUCGAUUUCCUUUUCAUGGCUGGCGAAAUGGCGAUCAUGAUUCAUAAUCAUCUGCGUACCUUCUUUCUCCUGCUUUUCUCUCGCCUUCGAUCCGAUUGAUUACAGGUAAUGGUAGGGAGAAAAGUGUUAGCCGUGGGAUUCGAUUAGCUGCUAAUAUUUGGUGAACCUGGAGGUCAUAUUGUUGCCAUGGCUGCUGGAGUUUCGUUUUCGAGGAAGAGGAAGAUCAAUGGAUUUAUGAGUGUCUUGUCAUCCGCUGCAUGUGAAUGGUUCUUGAUGUUCCUGCUGUUUCUCGAUGCAGCAUUUUGGUAUCUGCUUCUAAAAUUUGUGCGCUAUUGUGAACUGGAAACGCCUUGUCUGUUAUGCUCUAGACUUGAUCAUGGUUUGGGGAAGAAGAAACAUUCAUUAUGUUGGAGCUUAUUGUGUAGUGCCCACAGAGACGAGAUAUCUUCACUAGUGUCCUGUUCUGUCCAUUGUAGAUUUGCUGAUGUUCAUAGCCUGUGUGAAGAGUGUCACUCAUCGAUUGUUAAGCAGAAAAAAUCUAGUUCCCUUGAAAACAUGGCAUGUUCCUGCUGCAACAUUACGGUUAAGGCUAAAUCUAACACUGGAAGAUUGCUACAGCUUGACCCUCUUGGUUUCGGGGCUUCUAGGGCUACUAACAUUGGGCAGCCUCUGCCAAGUACCCCAGUUUCAACUCAGUUCAGUCAUAGCGAUAGCUUAAAGAGGUUUAGAGAAAAGAUUGCUGGAACGGUGGUGACAGAUGAACCAGCUCAGGAAAAAAGUGUUGGUGUUGAUAUAAAGUCUACUGUAGCUUAUACAAAGCUGGAUCUGUCCUCUGAUUCUGAGUCUGAAUUUGCACAUUCAGAAGAUGAUGAUGAUGAUGAUGAUGUGAAUAAUGAUUCUGUUGCUAACACGUCUGUCAUCCUGGAGCAUGAUACCGAACAAAGACUGGACGAACUACCGUCUGAUAGUGAUGCUCUAGAGAGCCAGGGGGGUCAGGGUUUUAAUGUGAAAUCUCUAGCUCUUGAUCCGCCUAGUAUGAUUAAAACUAGUGACCACAAGAAUGAUGAUACUUUUUCUUCUGAUGCCAACACAAAGCAUUUUGCUCUUCUUGAUCAGGAAGAAGAGUGUUAUUAUAAGCGCGGUUCAUCUUUGACACGGAAGCUAAUUUCUUUAUGCGACAGUUUCUCACCUCGUGGGGGUGCUGUUGGUUCUUCAGCAGAGACAUCUGGAUCCAGUGUUUCUCUCCCUCACCGACGAGCCAUCUCUGUACCAUCUGAGGUUAUUUCUGUAUGCAAUGUUGCUCCAUUAUCCAAUGACACAAGACCAGAAAAAGUAGAAUAUGCUGGGGAAACCAGUGAGAAUGGAGAACCAUCUGAGGCCAGUAAUGUAAAAGCUACUGUAGGAACUUAUUCGGAUGGUACUCGUUUGUCUACGGAAAAUGAUAAGCAUCAGAUGGAUGCUUCGGUUCAUGGUGACGGAACUCUACAACUAUCAUCAAGGAGUGCUUUUGAGCCAACUGACACCCGUGGUUCUGCUAAAAUUGAAGAUUUGGCUGCAGUAUCUACUUCUGAAUUGGGCUCGUUUCAAGAAGAAGGCAGUCAUGGAGCUCAUCAUAAGCGUGAUGAAUUUAAAAUAGGAGAUCCUCAUUCUAAGAUACUUCCGUAUCCAGCCUCUUCAGAGAAUAAUGACUCAUAUGUAUCUGCGGAUGAAAUCGCUGUGAAUGACAUCGAAGGUGAAAGUAUUCUUGAGCAACUAAGACGACAGAUUGAGCAUGAUCACAACUGCCUGAAUUCUUUGUACAAGGAAUUAGACGAAGAAAGAAAUGCUGCUGCUAUUGCAGCAGAAGAAGCAAUGGCUAUGAUUACAAGAUUGCAGGAGGAGAAAGCAGCGUUACGUAUGGAGGCAUCGCAUUACCUACGAAUGAUGGAGGAGCAAGCGGCAUAUGAUUCUCAGGCACUGGAUAAGGCUAAUGAUCUUCUUUCUGAAAGGGAGAGGGAAUUGCAAGACCUUGAAUAUGAGCUAGAUGCUUACAGAAAUAACUACCUUGACGAGCCAGAUGAAGAUGAUAUACAAGAAACAAGUCCUGGGGCGUCUAGUGACUCCAAAGCUGAUAAAAUCCUGAGACCCAAUGGCAACUGCAAACCUACGAGUGGCUCAGCAUCAAGCUUUGAAGACGAAAAUAUGUACUCUGGCAAUGUAAUGCCUCAUGGUCCAUGUUAAGAAUAUUAGUAUCCUGUCCCACAUCGAUGAUGUGACAUAGCCUAGCUUAGUCUCUUGUAUUAUAUAUAUGUGGCCUGUGUUGAGUAAUAAUAUACACCAAAUACACUACUA